CUAGGGUUUCAUACAGAAAAAAGACAAUCUCCACAGAGUGCGGCAUCAGAGAGAGAGGGAGAGCGCAAUAUGGGUUCGCGUGAGAAGGACCAGCCGACACCGCACCUGAGCAGCCUAGUUGUACGGCCUACUGACAGUGGCGGAGAAAAUGGAGGUGGCGGUGCCGGUAGCGACUACGAGCCAGGUGAGGUUCGUCGGGAUGCACCGCCGUAUUCACGUUCCGAUCGAUUCUCUGAUAGCCAUGGAUAUAGAGCGCAUGCAGGUUCUGUUUCACCUGUGCGCCAUAGGAAUGCAGAUCAUCGGUAUAGUACUGAUUUUGAUCAUUCAGGUGGCCCACCACGUAGUCAUGGAUUUGGUAGCGGUAGAGAUCCUGGUAGACAUCGAGACUAUUCACCUCCUUAUGGUCAUGGGAGACACACUGGCAGGUUUGUGGGCAGAAGUUAUGAUGGACCUGGUUAUGGUGCACGGCAAGUUAGAGGAGAAGGUCUGCCUAGAAGCAAUCCAAAUGUACGGCCAAGAGAUGGUGAUUGGAUGUGCACGGAUCCCUUGUGUAACAACUUGAACUUUGCGAGACGAGAGAACUGUAAUAAGUGCAAAAGGCCUCGAUAUGCACCUCCAGGGAGUCCUCGGAGGGGUUAUCCCAGCCCUCCUCCUCAUCAUCGCAAUCCUGGCCCCCCAAUCAACCGUUCUCCAGGAAGGUUUGUGAAUGGGUAUAGGUCCCCUCCUCGUGGCUGGGCUAGAGAUGACCCCCGAGAUUUCAGAGCUGGGGUUCCUCAUUCCAGAUAUGAAGGGAGGUUUGCAGAUCCGCCAAUCCGUAGAGAUAGGCCUGAUUUUGCUGAUGCUGAUGGUAGGGACCGAAGUAGGUUUGAACGGCCUCCAGCCCUGGAUUGGGGACAUAGAGAGCGUGGGAGAGACAGCUAUUUGAGUGAGAGAAAAGGUUAUGAAAGGCGAACACCAUCUCCACCUCAUCCACCAGUACUACCACCUCGUGGCCAAUGGCCCCGUGAUAUCAGGGAAAGAAGCCGUUCUCCAGUGAGAGGUGGACCACCACCCAAAGACUAUCGCCGUGAUAUAUACAUGGGAAGGGGGCGAGAUGAUCGGAGGGUUGGACGAGGUGCAUAUUAGCUGUUGUUGAAAUGAUUAUAUUUGUUGAACAGUGUUUACUGGUUAGCAAAGGUAAAACGACACAAAUAUUUUCCUAGAACUAGUAUUAUCCAGGCACAUAUUUUCUAUCAAGUUCAGAAUCCGUUUAUGUAACUUUAAAUUGUGCAGGCAUUUGCAAUUGCUGAACCAGAUAUAGAUUUUUGGGAAUUCCCUUUGCCUCAAAA